UGUUUGUGUGUGUGUGUGUGUGUGUGCGCGCAGGUUUGAGGAGUUCCUUCAGAAGAAGUGGUCUGCAGAGAAACGUUUUGGUCUGGAAGGCUGCGAGUCUCUGAUCCCAGCUCUGAAAACCAUCAUUGAUAAAUCCUCUGAGAACGGGGUGGAAAACGUCAUCAUGGGGAUGCCUCACAGGGGUCGUCUCAAUGUUUUGGCUAACGUGAUCCGUAAAGAGUUGGAACAGAUUUUCUGUCAGUUUGACUCCAAACUGGAAGCUGCUGAUGAGGGCUCUGGAGAUGUCAAGUACCAUCUAGGAAUGUACCAUCGUCGUAUCAACCGUGUGACAGACAGGAACAUCACCUUGUCUCUGAUGGCAAACCCUUCUCACCUGGAAGCUGUGGACCCCGUGGUGCAGGGAAAGACCAAGGCAGAGCAGUUCUACUGUGGAGACAACGACGGCAACCGGGUGAUGUCCAUCCUGCUCCACGGAGACGCAGCUUUUGCAGGUCAGGGUAUCGUCUACGAAACCUUCCACCUGUCUGACCUGCCGUCAUACACCACGCACGGCACCAUUCACGUCGUCGCCAACAACCAGAUCGGCUUCACCACAGAUCCUCGUAUGGCUCGCUCGUCUCCGUAUCCGACAGACGUGGCUCGGGUCGUCAACGCUCCCAUCUUCCACGUCAAUGCUGAUGACCCCGAGGCCGUCAUCUACGUCUGUAAGGUGGCUGCUGAGUGGAGGGCCACGUUCCAUAAAGACGUGGUGGUCGAUCUGGUGUGUUACCGUCGGAUGGGUCACAACGAGAUGGACGAGCCAAUGUUCACUCAGCCGCUGAUGUACAAACAGAUCAAAAAGCAGAAGCCGGUUCUGCAGAAAUAUGCAGAGAAACUGAUCGCGGAGGGAGCAGUGAGCCGGCAGGAGUAUGAGGAGGAGAUUGCCAAAUAUGAUAAGAUCUGUGAGGAGGCGUACAAUCGCUCUAAAGAUGAGAAGAUCCUCCACAUCAAGCACUGGCUGGACUCCCCCUGGCCUGGUUUUUUCACUCUGGACGGACAGCCAAAGUCCAUGAGCUGCCCCUCCACCGGUCUGACUGAAGAAAACCUGAGCCACAUCGGAGUUGUGGCCUCAUCUGUCCCAGUGGAGGACUUCACCAUCCACGGAGGUCUGAGUCGUAUCCUGAAGAGCCGAGCCGAGAUGGUUCGUAACCGGACGGUGGACUGGGCUCUGGGAGAGUAUAUGGCCUUCGGAUCGCUGCUGAAGGAGGGAAUUCACAUCCGGCUGUCAGGACAGGACGUGGAGCGUGGCACGUUCAGCCACCGUCAUCAUGUCCUCCAUGACCAGAACGUGGAUAAGAGGACCUGCAUUCCCAUGAACCACCUCUCUCCUGACCAGGCACCGUACACCGUCUGCAACAGCUCGCUGUCCGAGUACGGAGUACUGGGCUUUGAGUUGGGUUUUGCGAUGGCAAGUCCCAAUGCUCUGAUCCUGUGGGAGGCUCAGUUCGGAGACUUCCACAACACGGCUCAGUGCAUCAUUGAUCAGUUCAUCUGUCCCGGUCAGGCCAAGUGGGUCAGACAGAACGGCAUCGUGCUGCUGCUGCCACACGGCAUGGAGGGCAUGGGUCCAGAACAUUCUUCAGCUCGUCCAGAGAGAUUCCUCCAAAUGUGCAACGAUGACCCAGAUGUCAUGCCGCCACUCACAGAGGACUUUGCAGUGCGUCAGCUCUACGACUGUAACUGGAUCGUGGUGAACUGUUCAAAUCCUGGAAACUACUUCCAUGUUCUCAGACGACAGAUCCUCCUUCCAUACAGGAAGCCUCUGAUUGUCUUCACUCCCAAAUCUCUGCUGCGCCAUCCAGAGGCCAGAUCCAGCUUUGACGAGAUGCUUCCUGGAACUCACUUCCAGCGGUUGAUCCCAGAAGAAGGCAUGGCUGCGGAACGUCCGGAGGAGGUAAAGAGGGUGAUCUUCUGCACAGGGAAGGUUUACUACGAGCUGACCAAAGAGAGGAAGACCAGAGGCAUGGAUGGAACUGUGGCCAUCGCACGCAUAGAGCAGCUGUCUCCGUUCCCGUUCGACCUGGUAAAGGCGGAGUCGGAUCGUUUUGCCAACGCUGACCUGGUUUGGUGUCAGGAAGAGCACAAAAACCAGGGUUACUACGACUACGUGAAGCCUCGCAUCAGGACCACCAUCCAGAGAGCCAAACCUGUUUGGUAUGCUGGCAGAGAUCCGGCUGCAGCUCCGGCUACUGGAAACAAGAAAGCUCACCUGGUGGAGCUGCGACGCUUCCUGGACACAGCCUUCAACCUGGACGCGUUCAAAGAUCAGCAGUAGACCUGUGACCUGCAUCACCUCGAGAAAACCCUCCCCCUUUUUACCUUUGACCCGACCUUCCAGGAUUCAGUUCUGACACUCAAACUGCGUCAACACACACACAAACAAACACACACACACACACAGUAAUACUGCAUACUGUAGGGAAUGGUACACAAAUAAUACAUCCGCAAACUCUCCACACUGCUUACUGCACAGUUUGUAAAUAUUGUGACUGACUACGUAAACAGUACACAAAUACUGCAUACUGCGUAGUACAUAGUAUUUACAACAGUUGUACAUACAGAUCAUCUCUUUACACUGUAUUUAUUUACUGAAGUCCAGUUAAACAACAGCAUUUAGACUAAAACAAAAAUAUUUUAAAAUGUUGAAAUGUUAUAAUUUUAAAUCUUUACAGCAGAAGUAAAAGUUGGAAUCAUUUUUAUUAUUUCUUCAUUUUACAAAACAGUACUACAGUUUUCUGUGUACUACUACUACUGUAUUGUACUAUAAUUUUAUCACACAAACAUGAGAGAACAUUAAAGAUCUGUCCGAUUUAAACGUUGACAGUGUAUUGAUUAUAAUUUUCAUUAAUCGCUUCAUCAUUAGAUCUAUAAAAUUCAGAAAAUGUA